AUGGUUCCCCCGUCGCCCUCGCUCUCGUCCUUUGACCCCGCUCUUCACUUUCAUUCUGAGGACCCUGGGAUUAACCCGCAGUCCGAAUCGUUCUCCGACGAUCUUGAGGCAAUCCAUAUCCAGCGCCUGGAGCAAACCCGCAGCGGAGUGGUAAUCCAGCACCGAGCCUGGGAUUUAUCCGAUGUGUUUCGCAGCGACGACGAUAUAAGGCCUGAUACUCCGACGAAGGUCGCCAUUGAGACUCCCCGACAAACUCCCCGCACUCCCUUCAAAAGUCUAGGUCUUCUCCCAUCCUCUCCGCCUGUCGCCAGAAUGCCAUUCAUGUCAUCGCCCGCCGUCGCGGCGCCUGGAAAUGCGGCCGGCGAAUCCCAAAAGAGAAAAGCGACAGACUUAGAAGAGACCCCCCAACCUGCUGAGCCGAAACGGCAACGAAUCCUGGGUGGUUUUGUGGAUGAGGACGACGAAGAUGACGAGAUUGAAGCGCUCAGAGACGAGCAGCUCAAAAGUCAGUUUGAGCUGCAGGAGUCCCUUCUUGAGCAGCCGCCGCAUGAGAUCCCUGGCAUUUCGGAGCCGCCGCAGACAUCAACAGACCCGGGUAAACGAAGCAGUCUUCCGUCCUCUGUCACCAAUACGCUACCCCAGGCACCAUCUCUGCCUGCUCGAGAAGCUCCCAAAAGAUACCAAGCCCCCUCAGCAGCCUCCCGGGCCCCAGUCCAGGAGUCUAUCGAAGACAAAAAAGUUGAUUCAAAGCAGAAGAAGUACGAUUCUGCGAUGUGGACGGAGAAGUACCGUGCUCGCAAAUUUACAGACCUUAUUGGGGACGAGCGCACACAUCGAGCAGUGUUGCGCUGGCUGAAGGGGUGGGACCCCAUUGUGUUCCCUGGACUGGCUCGACACCGAGCAAAGAAGGGCGGCCAAGAGGAGGAUGACGAACGCAUGCAUCGAAAGGUUCUCUUACUGAGUGGGCCUCCCGGGCUCGGCAAAACUACACUGGCGCAUGUGUGUGCCAAGCAGGCUGGUUAUGAAGUGCUGGAAAUCAAUGCAAGCGAUGAGCGAAGCAAAGAUGUGGUCAAGGGUCGGAUUCGUGAUGCCCUGGGAACUGAGAACGUCAAGGGUAUGAACGUGGAAGUUGGCGACAGCAAGGUCCGCCGUGCCGGAAAACCCGUUUGCGUUGUGGUAGACGAGGUUGAUGGAGUAGUUGGGGGUGCUGGAAGUGGUGGAGAAGGCGGUUUCAUGAAAGCAUUGAUCGAUCUCGUCCUUCUCGACCAACGAAACUUGGCACGAUCCUCUGAGCACGGCGGCAAUCACGGCAAGAAGCGCAAAGGUGACAACUUUCGCUUCUUGCGGCCGCUGAUUUUGGUUUGCAACGAUGUCUACCACUCGAGUCUCCGGCCUCUCAGGGCUUCGUCUCUUGCAGAAAUGAUUCAUGUGCGCCAAGCGCCGCUGGAGAACGUCGUCCAGCGAGUGAAGACUAUCUUUGGCCGGGAGGGAAUCCUCUGCGACAAUGACGGAGCUCGAAGGCUCUGCGAAGCAGCCUGGGGACUGGCGAGCAGAAGACAGCGCGGCUCGAAAACUGCAGGAUCAGCCGAGGGCGAUAUUCGCAGCGUGCUUGUCGCUGCAGAAAUGGUAGCGCACAAGUUGCGGAACGAGUCUUCAUCGUCUCUCAAGUUGACUCGGGCCUGGCUAGAGCAGCGGGUCCUCAGCGCAUCGACUGAAGGCGGAUCGUUCUUCAAAGAGUUGAGUCGUGGAGGUGUCCGUGAGAUCGUCAACCGUGUAUUCACCGAGGGAGCCGGCUUUUCCAAUGCUUCUGUAGGCACAAGCUCAUUUCAAGACCGGUUUGAUGGCCCGAACACCCGUGUCCCCGUCGGCGUGGCGGAUUUGCGAAAGCGACAUGCCAUCAACCGAUUACGGGAGAUGGUGGAUGCCAGCGGUGACCAUGACCGAUGCGUGGCAGACUGCUUCACCUCAUAUCCCAUCCAACAAUACCAGGAUGAUACAUUCCUCUCCAAACCCAACGCGGCGUGCGACUGGCUUCAUUUCCACGACACAAUCUCGUCCAAGGUUUAUUCGUCACAAGAGUGGGAGCUGGGCCCGUAUCUGAGCCAGUCCGUUGUCGCGUUUCACCACCUCUUUGCUUCGGCUGCCGGUAAGACCGAGUACCCCGACCAGAACGGGGAAGACGACGAGGCCGAAGAAGAGCAUCCAUUCUCCGGGCCCAAGGCGGAGUUUGUUGCGCAUGAAGCGCAAAAGCAGAACCGCGCCAUCUUGAACGCUUUCCACACUUCUUUCUCAGCGCCACUGGUCCGCAUGUUCCAGUCCCCGGACACUGUGAUCGUUGAUCUGGUUCCGCAUCUGAUGAGAAUGCUAUCCCCGGAUAUCAAGCCAGUGAUUUUCCGCGGCGGUAGCGACCAGAGAAGCGUGGCCAAUGUUCGCAAGGAAGGAGAGCGAGCGCUUGUCCAGUCUGCUGUGCGUGUCAUGGCUGGAUUGGGGGUGACAUUUGAGAAAGUUCGGGUGGAGCACGACGGCGGAGGCCAUGGCGGAUGGGCCUACCGAAUGGAACCACCUAUUGACUCGCUCGUGUACUUCUCCAAGAUCAAAAGUAGCGCCAUGGGGUCCGGCAGCACGGUGCCUGUCCGCUACGCCGUCCGCCAAGUACUGGACCAAGAGUAUCGCAAGGAAACGCAACGCAAACAAUCCGGCGUGGUGGACAAAUCCAAAGCCAGCGUUAAAGCCGUCACUGGGAAAUCACCCGACGGCGAUGCCGCCCAGAAAGCGAUGAGAGAGAUGCCCGCCAAGCGCGACUUCUUUGGGCGAGUGAUCCACGAGCCUCCGCCGGUGCCCAAGGACGGUGAGAGUGCUAGUAAUGGCGCAAGCGAGACGUUCAAGGCUGGCCGGAAAGUCUGGGUCACUUUCCAUGAAGGGUUCUCGAACGCAGUUCGCAAACCGAUUUCGAUGGGGGAGCUGUUGACUGGUCUGUAA